CCGCUGGCCGAAGGGGAAAUCCCCACCUCCGCCGCCCUGACCGAAAAGUUCAACCUUCCCUUGGGGAACUACAAGAAACCCAAACUCCUGUACUGCAGCAACGGUGGCCACUUCCUACGGAUCCUCCCGGACGGCAAAGUGGACGGGACCAGGGACCGGAGCGACCAGCACAUUCAGCUCCAGCUGAGCGCAGAAAGCGUGGGAGAGGUGUACAUCAAGAGCACCCAGUCAGGGCAGUACCUGGCGAUGGACCCCAACGGGCUGCUCUACGGCUCGCAGUUGCUGGGUGAGGAGUGCCUGUUCCUGGAAAGGAUCGAAGAAAACCAUUACAACACCUACACCUCCAAGAAGCAUGCGGACAAGAACUGGUUUGUUGGUCUGAAGAAGAACGGGAACAGCAAGCUGGGGCCACGGACUCACUAUGGCCAGAAGGCGAUCCUCUUCCUCCCGCUGCCCGUCUCGGCUGACUAG